GAAUUGUUUGCACUAAUUGGCGGGUUUGACAAUAGACAACACUGUAAACAAUCCUACAACAACCGAUCGAUAUUCCAAUCGUCAACCAAUCAAAAUCAAUCUCGUCCCACUACUUCCACUACUACUGAUACUUUUAUCAGUAGUAAAAGUGCAAAAGGUAAAAAUAAUACGACAGAAAGAAAAAAGUUCACCCCAUUUGAUGAAUAUAUUCAAGUUGACGAUAUGAAAUUAUUUUUCUACGCUGGUAAUAUACGUCAAAGUCAUGUGGAAAGGUUAAUUCAAUACUUAGAUCAUCAGAAUACCGGUAAAAUUGAUUUUAUCACAUUUUUAGAAUAUCUACCUUUAUUCGUCGAGUGUCAUAAACAAAUUCUGUGUAAACCGCUUACAACUUCAGAAAUAUUUAUUUCGUGAUCCAAUUCUUAUCCAUCUUUUUGUUAAUAUUUCCCCUGAGU